AUGCCCAAGAACAGCCCCCCGAAGCACCGCCACGAUGGCACUUCGCCGCUGCCCUUGGGCAUGGACUGGAGCCGUCCUCCCAAGAAAUGGGAUGGGAGAAACACGGUAUGGCCUCACAAUUCUCACACCGGCUGGAGUUACUGUGUCAUGAUUCCUUCCUGGAUAGUUCAAACUGAUCCUGGAGCAUCCCAUGACAGCUUCUUGAAUCCUAUAGUUUUUUACAGGAUUCAUAUUGGUAUACAAUCUCCAGAAGGGGUCAGCACAAGUCAUGGAAUACUUAGAAGAUUCAGUGACUUCUUGCAGUUAUAUUCUGCUCUUAAGAAGGCAUUUCCGAAAAAGGAUAUUCCUCCAGCCCCACCGAAGCAUGCUCUUUUGAGAAUAAAUUCCAGUCGGAUUCUCUUAGAAGAGAGGAGGCAUGAUUUGGAGGAAUGGAUGGGAAAGCUACUUUCUGACAUUGACCUAUCUAGAAGUGCUCCUGUGGCAAAUUUUCUUGAUCUAGAAGCUGCUGCAAGGUCAUCAUUUAGGGAUGCAAAUCAUGAUCAUUUGGAAACUAGCUCUUCAAGUGAUGCUAUUGCCGUGGCCUCUUCAGUUCCACUCAGACCUAGCUCAAGUGUUUCUAUUGCUGAUGGUUCAAAAGUCAUAUCUAAGUCCCACUUUGUUGCUUCAGACAUUGGUAGUGAUGUAUAUGAAGCAUCAGACUCAGGAACUCCCAGGCAAGGGAAGGUCCAAAUUUCUGAAACUAGUCCAGAAGAUCUAGCAAUGACUUAUGAAAUAACUGCUCCAAGAGGGGCAGUUGCUAAUGGAAUCCUGGGAGAAUCAAUCCUGGAUCAGCCAGAAGAGUUUCUUAGAAGUAGGUUGCACCACAGAAGAGAGAACCUUGUUUCGGAGAGGGAUAGUUUCGAUGUGACUUCAAAGGAGACAUUUCUUUCCAGGGACAGACUAGAGUCAACUUCAGAACAGAAUCAUGAUAAGCUUUCUGGUCAUAGUCGAAAACUCUCUGCCGAAAGUAUUGGGAGUGACAUAAGUUCCAUUCGAGGCAGUGAAUUAUCAGUUCCUGGGAUGACUAAUUCGAUUUGGGAUGGCUCUAUUGAUCUUCCUAGUGGUUCUGAAGCUCAAAAUGCAGUUGAAGCUCUAUCUAGCUUGGAGACACAUGUUCUCAAUGAUGCACAAAUUGUCCUUCCAUUUGAUCAACGACAUAAAUUGAAUAGAGUUCUUGUCACCAUGAAAAGAAGAUUAGGGACAGUAAAAACAGAUAUGGAGGAUCUUAUAGCUCGACUGAAUCAAGAAAUGGCCGUGAAAGAAUACCUUACAACAAAGGUCAAGGAUUUAGAGGUGGAACUGGAAGUCACUAAGCAGAAAAGUAAAGAAAACUUGCAACAAGCCAUUUUAGUUGAAAGAGAAAGAGUGACACAAAUGCAAUGGGAUAUGGAUGAACAUCACCGGAAGUAUGCAGAGAUGGAGUCAAGGCUGAAGAUUGAGCAAAAUGAAAAAACUCGUGCAGAGUCAGAAAAAAUAACUGCCAGUGGUGAGAAAGAAUUAUUGCUGCGGGAGUUAGAUACUAAACAAGAAGAAUUAGAGAUCAUGCAGAAACGUCUAGAAGAAUUAGAAAUGAAGUCAAAAGCAGAUAUCAAAGUUCUUGUCAAAGAGGUGAAAUUUCUCAGGAGUUCUCAAGCGGAGCUGAGGGAAUUGCUAAAUCAGUCUCUCAAAGAAAAGACUGAAUUAGAGAGGGUUGCUCAUAAGGAAAAGCAAAGAUGGGCACAUGCAAAAUCAGCAAGGAAGAAGCUUCUUGAUGAAUGUAGGGUUCUUCGCAAUCGACUUCAAGAAUGCAGUGUUAAUUUUCUUUCAGAAUCAGAAGACAGGUUCAGUAUUAAUCCAUCAUCACUAUCUGAUGCUCUGGAUCUUCUGGCAACUUCAGAUAAUAGAAUUGGCCUUCUUCUUGCAGAGGCACAACUCCUUGCACGGUAUGAGGAACAGACCAUCUCAGAUGUGGAUGCAGCUCGAAGUAGUGAAUCCUCUGAAAAUCUAAUUGCUACAAAUGGCGAAAAUCCAAUUAAUGCAGAUGAUGAGAUAAGAAAAAUGCUGACAGAUAUAUUUAUAGAUAAUGCAAGACUGAGGAAACAAGUCAAUUCUGUUAUUCGUUGUGCUCUCAAUACAGUUGUUAAACCAGAGAAGGAAGAUAGCGAUGAAGUUCCCUCUAGAAGGACUGUUCUUAACCGGUUCUUAGAGAGGUAAUGAGGCUACCGUAAAUUCCAUUGAAUGCUUGUUUUAUGAUUCGGUUAUCCGCAUUCACAUUCUGCUGAGGGUUCUCUUGAGUGUUAACUCCAUGCAUUAUCCAUGCAAGGGCGAGUGGUCGUCUGCAUCCUGAGAACAAUAUCUUCAUUUUGCGCUGUUGUAAUUAUAUUUUUGUCUAUAGAAAAAAUAAAUUCAUGAGAAUGAUUUGGCUUCUCAAAUUGCUCAGCAUGGACUUGGUCUCCCUUAGUUUUUUCUAUGGGAGAGAAUGUAAUUCAAAGACAAAAGAAUCAAGAGUUACUGGACUGCCUCUGGCUAAAAUAUGGAAUAGAAAAGAGGGCUUUUUCAGAAGUUUUGGCGCCA